UAGAAUAUUCUUCAACGUUCAUCUAUUCAAGUGUUCUGAGUUCCAUAAUAUAAAUCCACAUACUUAUUAAACAUAUUCUUCAUCUCUUCUGCUAAAAAUGGCAAAUGAAAAAUCAAAAGCUGACAGUUUCGUCUCAACAAAACAAUUUCCUGACAAUUUUCUUCUUGGGACAGCGACUGGAUCUUACCAAGUAGAAGGAGCUUGGGAUGAAGAUAAGGCGGAAUCAAUCUGGGAUCAUUAUUUUCAUUCCAAUGAAGCAAACAAAUCGUUCAGAUACUUCUUAGACUUACCGAAGUCGGUAAUCGAAAAAUACAUACAGAAGGACAUCAAACCUAGAUUAGCAGAUAUAUAUAAAGGAAUGGGAGUAUAUGAAUUUCCAUCAUCUUCAAUUGAAGAUGGUACACAUUUUCAUUUCAACGGAGAUAUAGCUGCAGAUACAUACCACAAAACAGAUGUAGAUGUCAAACUGCUUAAGGAAUUGGGUGUUAAAGUUUAUCGUUUUUCCAUAAGUCCAAAUAGAAUCGUUCCAGUUAUGCAUGAUCAUACACCAGGAAUAGCUGGUAUAGCUUAUUAUAACAAUUUAAUUGACAAAUUAAUCGAAAAUGGAAUCACACCAAUGGUAUCAUUGUAUCACUAUGAUAUGCCGGAAUGUUUCAACAAACUUGGAGGACUGGCUAAUUCGGCUUGUUAUAAAUUUUAUCUAACUUAUGCGAGACUGUGUUUCAAAAAUUUUGGAGACAGAGUAAAAUAUUGGACAACGUUUCAAGAUGUUCAUUUAGCUGCUGAAGGAUAUGGUUCCGAACAUUUUGCUCCUGGUUAUCAAGAAUCGAUAUUUAGUGGAUAUUCAGAUUAUCUCGCGAUACAUCACUGUAUUAAUUCGCAUGCAAUGACUUAUCAAAUGUAUAAUGAAGAAUUUAGAGAAGAACAAAAAGGGCAAAUAAGUUUUGCGAUUGAUGGAACUUGGUUUUACCCAAAAGACCCAAAUAAUCCAGAACAUCAAAAAUCUGCUGAAAGCGCAAUAAUAUCAACAUUUGGAUUGAUAGCACAUAUAUUAGCCACGGGACAAUAUCCAGAUGAAUUUUUAAAAUCAGUUGAAAAAUCUAACGAACGGGAAAACAUACGGAUCGAGCGAGUAAAACAAUUUACAAAAGAAGAACAAGAAUUAAUUAAAGGGUCAUUCGAUUUUAUUUUAUUCAACUAUUUUAGUAGCGUAAAAGUACGACCACUGACAGAAGAAGAAUUGGCCGCUGAACUUAAUCUUAAAAGAAGAGAUCGAGAUUGUAAUUUAAAAGUUCUAUGGUCACCUAUGGUAUUUGUUGGAAGAGUUAUGUGCUUUUGCUUUUUUGAUGAAGCUGUUUCGAUUGAUAUGAAAAAAAAAAUGGUAAAAGUGCUUAACAAUGAAGAAAGUACAUCAAAAUUGUUAUAA